UUAUUCACUCACUUUGCCAAUUAUUAUGUUCGAUUUCUUAUCGCGUAGACAAUGCAAUGCUGUUUUCUUCUGCGUUUCGAUAGCAAUCAGAAUGAUACAGAUAUUGUGUAAAUUUUCGGAAUACAGGGUAGUGGAAUACUCGAACAAGUGUCACUUCUCGUCGAAGUCGUUGUCAUUGUCAAUGUUGUAGUCACUGUGACAAACGCGUUGAAGAGGGGACAGGGUUAAGGGAUUACCAAACGGGUUGGUUCUCGACGUGCGACUCUUCAUCCGAGGGGACUUCCCGGCUGCCAUUUGGAUUUUCGUUUAAAAGCGGACGCGGCAUCAUGAUGACUAUCCAGUUUCACUUUUGACACGCGCUGUAAAGGUGUCAAUUACCAUGAUGAGGUUGUCCUCUUAUUUCAUUCACUUAUCGGUGUUACAUGCCUUCGUACUCCUCUUUGGUUUCCUCGAGCAUGCAGUGCUCGCCAUUCCCAUUGACAACACGAAUUUCAUCAAUGCAACCGAUUCUCAGCGUUCAGAGAGCCUAAGAAUUAUCGGCCGAAAGGAAUGGAAAGCCAGAAAGCGUCUCAAUUUCGAGAUCAUGCCAAUAAAACCAGCACCAUACGUGGUGGUCCAUCAUGGCGGUAUACCUAGGUACUGUCGGGAUCAGGAGACGUGUUCUAAUAUCGUUAGAAAAUAUCAAGAUUUGCAUCUGGAUGAGCGAGGCUGGUGGGACAUUGGAUAUAAUUUCGUCAUUGGCGAAGACGGUAACGUUUACGUGGGUCGCGGUUGGGAUUAUACUGGCGCGCAUGCAAUUGGAUACAAUACCCAGAGUAUUGGCAUAUGCAUCAUAGGAGACUUCACCGACUUUCUUCCGAACGAGGCCGCCCUGAAGACGUUGAAUAAGCUGAUAGCUCAUGGGGUUUCACUCGGCAAGAUAAGAAAGAAUUACAACGUGAUUGGUCAUCGACAAGUGCGAGACACGGAAUGCCCAGGCGAAACUUUUUACAAGUUCGUAGUUAACCUUCCCCGUUGGACUGCAAACCCAAAACCUCACAUACGUCCAACCUGCACCACAACAAAGUCGAUAGAUAAUACUGUAGAAGAAAACAGCAAAGCGAACGUUAUUCUAUGAUGGCAUUUCUAAGUCCUUGUCAAAUAUGUCGACCAUAAUUAUAACGAAUCCUAAUUAACAAAGGAUUGUAA